UAUUGGAUCGCAUUUUUCCAUCACAGCCAACCCUUGAAGCUAUUCUCUCUCCUAAGCUUUUCUCUCAUCUCACAAGCCUUCCAAUCCCACCUACAGAAUAAGCUAAAACUAAGCUCAACAAGAACACACGACACCAAUGGCAGCAACUAUAGCAACGAUGGCCAUGCUCAAUGCCAAGUGCUUCACCACCCCUAAAACCCACAACCCAUCUAAGCCAACAACAAAACUACCCACCACCACCACUUGCACCUCCCUCCUCUCCAUCCAAAACCUCCCAAAAGGCCUCACCAUCUCUAACCCAUCACCCCUAUCCAGCACUGCCCUUGCUGGAGCCAUUUUCGCAACCCUAACCUCAUGUGAUCCAGCCAUGGCAGCCCAACAAAUUGCCGACAUCGCUGAGGGCGAUAACCGGGGCCUAGCACUCCUCCUGCCAAUCAUUCCAGCCAUUGCUUGGGUUCUCUUCAACAUCCUUCAACCAGCUUUGAACCAGGUCAACAAAAUGAGGAGCAUUAGGGGGGUCAUCAUUGGGCUUGGUGGGAUAGGUGGGUUGGCUGCUGCCUCAGGGUUCAUGUCAACCCCUCAUGCGAUGGCAGCAGCACAGGCUUCAAGUGACAAUAGGGGGCAGCUCCUGUUGUUUGUCAUUUCUCCUGCUAUUCUUUGGGUUCUUUAUAAUAUUUUACAGCCAGCUUUGAACCAGCUCAAUAAGAUGAGGUCUGAGUGAAAUGGGCC